CGGGGCGGGGGGGCUUUGUGCGCGGAGGCGGCGGCGGCGGCAGCGGCAGCGGCGGCGACGGCGGCGGGAGCUGGCGGCGCGGAGAUCCGGACGGAGGCCGAGGCUGGGGCCGGGUGCCGGGUGCCUGGGAGAGGUGUGCGGCUUUCGAUUGGAACCCUGGGACCCCGCUGCCCUUCGGGGCCGCCAGCCUCCGGCUCCUCUCCGGCACCAGCAGCUACGCGGCGACCCCCGUCCGGCCGCCUCCCCUUCGCUCCGCGUCGCCCGCAACCUUCCGUCUGCCCGCAAACGAGCCCGGCCGGCCGGGCCGUGGCCCUCCUGAGUGCCGGCCGCCAUGGCAGGGGUGCUCGGCGCCGGGGAAAUCUAGUCCGAGGAUUUCAUGCGGCCUAGCUCGGUUCCGUCUCCUGCGCCCGCGGUCCCGGCAGCUGCCGGCAACCCAGCCCCACUUCGGGCCUCCGUGUCUCUCCUGUGAUCGUACUGACACGGCAGGGGGGUUAGAAUGGAACAAACUGAAGGCUCCAUGAGAGAAAGGGAAAGUUAAGGAUGCUGGAGCAGAACAAUGGAUUUCUCUUUCUCUUUCAUGCAAGGGAUCAUGGGAAACACAAUUCAGCAACCACCUCAACUCAUUGACUCGGCCAACAUCCGCCAGGAGGAUGCCUUUGAUAACAGCAGUGACAUUGUUGAAGAUGGUGGCCCGACACCCUUUGAAACUACUUUGCAACAAGGUUUUCAGUAUCCACCUGCAACGGAAGACCUUCCUCCGCUCACAAAUGGCUACCCACCAUCAAUCAGCUUGUAUGAAACUCAGACCAAAUACCCGCCAUAUAAUCAGUAUCCCAAUGGGUCAGCCAACGGUUUUGGUGCAGUUAGAAACUUUAGCCCUGCUGACUAUUACCAUUCAGAAAUUCCAAACACAAGACCACAUGAAAUUCUGGAAAAACCUUCUCCGCCGCCGCCACCUCCUCCUCCUCCUCCCUCGGUACCACAAACUGUGAUUCCAAAGAAGACAGGCUCACCCGAGAUUAAACUAAAAAUAACCAAAACGAUCCAGAAUGGCAGGGAAUUGUUUGAGUCGUCCCUUUGUGGAGACCUUUUAAAUGAAGUACAGGCAAGUGAGCACACAAAGUCAAAGCAUGAAAGCAGAAAGGAAAAGAGGAAAAAGAGCAACAAACACGAGUCGUCCAGAUCCGAAGAGCGCAAGUCCCACAAGACCCCCAAGCUAGAGCCGGAGGGGCAGAGCAGACCAAAUGAGAGGGUGGACACUGCACCAGAAAAGCCAAGAGAAGAGCCAGUGCUCAAAGAGGCCGUCCCGGUUCAGCCAACACUGUCUUCUGUUCCAACAACAGAAACGUCCACUGGUGUUAAGUUCCAGGUUGGUGAUCUUGUUUGGUCCAAGGUGGGAACCUAUCCUUGGUGGCCUUGUAUGGUUUCAAGUGAUCCCCAGCUUGAGGUCCAUACCAAAAUUAACACAAGAGGUGCCCGGGAAUAUCAUGUCCAGUUUUUUAGCAACCAGCCAGAGAGAGCAUGGGUUCAUGAGAAACGAGUCCGGGAGUAUAAAGGUCACGAACAGUAUGAAGAGUUACUAGCCGAGGCGGCCAAACAAGCCAGCAAUCAUUCUGAGAAGCAAAAGAUUCGGAAACCCCGACCUCAGAGAGAACGUGCCCAGUGGGAUAUUGGCAUUGCUCAUGCAGAGAAAGCAUUGAAAAUGACUCGGGAGGAAAGAGUAGAACAGUACACUUUCAUCUAUAUUGAUAAGCAGCCAGAAGAGGCCUCAGCCCAAGCAAAGAAGAAUGUCACCUCUAAGACGGAAGUCAAGAAACCCCGAAGACCAAGAUCUGUGCUGAAUAGUCAGGCAGAACAGACCAAUGCUGGGGAGGUGGCUUCCUCCCAAUCAAGUACUGACCUUCGGAGACAGAGCCAGAGGCGGUGUCCUAACCUGGAAGAGGAAGAGCCACCUCCGGUUAAAAUAGCCUGGAAAACAGCAGCCGCAAGGAAGUCCUUACCAGCCUCCAUCACAAUGCACAAAGGGAGCCUAGAUCUGCAGAAGUGUAAUAUGUCUCCAGUUGUGAAAAUUGAACAAGUGUUUGCUCUCCAGAAUGCCACAGGAGAUGGGAAGUUUAUUGAUCAGUUUGUUUAUUCAACGAAGGGAAUUGGUAACAAAACAGAAAUAAGUGUCAGGGGGCAAGACAGGCUUAUAAUCUCUUCACCAAGUCAGAGAAAUGAAAAGCCAACUCAGAGCGCGUCAUCUCCGGAGGCGACGUCAGGUUCUGCAGGCCCAGUAGAAAAGAAGCAGCAGAGAAGAUCAAUCAGGACUCGAUCUGAGUCAGAGAAAUCCACCGAGGUUGUGCCAAAGAAGAAGAUCAAAAAGGAGCAGGUUGAAACAACUCCUCAGGCUUCCCUGAAGACCGGGUUACAGAAAGGUGCCAGCGAGAUUUCAGAUUCCUGCAAGCCUCUGAAGAAGAGGAGUCGCGCCUCAACUGAUGUAGAAACGGCGAGUUGCACGUACAGAGACACGUCUGACUCCGACUCCAGAGGACUGAGUGACGGACAGGUAGGCUUUGGCAAACAAGUAGAUAGCCCGUCAGCUGCUGACGCAGAUGCUUCUGACGCGCAGUCGGUGGACUCGAGUCUGUCACGGAGAGGCGUCGGCCCGAGUAAGAAGGACACCGUGUGUCAGAUCUGUGAGAACACUGGAGAUUGCCUUGUUGUGUGUGAGGGGGAAUGCUGCCGACACUUUCACUUGGAGUGCUUGGGGCUGACUGCAGUCCCAGAGGGAGGCUUCACCUGUGAGGAGUGUGAGACUGGGCAGCACCCAUGUUUUUCAUGUAAAGUGUCUGGUAAGGAUGUGAAACGUUGUUCCGUUAGUGUUUGUGGAAAGUUUUAUCAUGAAGCCUGUGUCCGCAAAUUCCCCACUGCCAUCUUUGAGUCAAAAGGAUUCCGCUGUCCCCAGCACUGUUGCUCUUCCUGCUCUAUGGAGAAAGACAUCCACAAAGCCAGUAAAGGCCGGAUGAUGAGGUGCUUGAGAUGCCCAAUCGCCUAUCACUUUGGAGAUGCGUGUGUCGCUGCUGGAAGUGUAUCUGUGUCCUCGCACAUUCUCAUCUGUAGUAACCAUUCAAAGCGGAGUAGUCAGUCUGCUGCUAUAAACGUAGGCUUUUGUUUCGUUUGUGCCAGAGGGCUGAUAGUUCAGGACCAUUCAGACCCCAUGUUCAGUUCCUAUGCCUAUAAGUCCCACUACCUACUGAGUGAAUCAAACCGUGCUGAGUUGAUGAAAUUACCUAUGAUUCCUUCUUCGUCAGCUUCCAAAAAGAGGUGUGAGAAAGGUGGAAGAUUGCUCUGCUGUGAAUCGUGCCCAGCUUCCUUCCACCCAGAAUGCCUGAGCAUAGACAUGCCGGAAGGCUGCUGGAACUGCAAUGACUGUCAAGCUGGCAAGAAGCUGCAUUACAAACAGAUUGUUUGGGUCAAAUUGGGAAAUUACAGAUGGUGGCCUGCAGAGAUUUGCAGUCCUAGGUCUGUGCCGCUGAACAUCCAGGGCCUUAAGCAUGACGUGGGGGACUUCCCUGUGUUCUUUUUUGGUUCUCAUGACUACUACUGGGUCCACCAAGGCAGAGUGUUCCCUUAUGUUGAAGGAGACAAGAACUUUGCUGAGGGCCAGACUAGCAUUAACAAGACCUUCAAAAAAGCACUGGAAGAAGCUGCAAAACGUUUCCAGGAGUUGAAAGCCCAGCGUGAAAGUAAGGAGGCUUUGGAGCUGGAGAGGACCUCCAGAAAGCCCCCUCCCUACAAGCACAUCAAGGCCAACAAAGUUAUAGGGAAGGUGCAGAUCCAGGUGGCUGACCUGUCGGAGAUCCCCCGCUGUAACUGCAAGCCCGGUGAUGAGAACCCAUGUGGCCUGGAGUCGGAGUGUCUGAACAGAAUGUCACAGUAUGAGUGUCACCCGCAAGUGUGUCCUGCUGGGGACCGCUGUCAGAACCAGUGCUUUACAAAGAGGCUGUACCCCGAUUCAGAGAUCAUCAAAACCGAGCGGAGAGGAUGGGGCCUCAGAACCAAAAGAAGCAUUAAAAAGGGGGAAUUUGUAAAUGAAUAUGUCGGUGAAUUAAUUGAUGAAGAAGAGUGCAGACUUCGAAUCAAGCGAGCCCACGAGAACAGUGUAACUAAUUUUUAUAUGUUAACUGUUACCAAGGACCGUAUAAUUGAUGCUGGACCAAAGGGAAAUUAUUCUCGUUUCAUGAACCACAGUUGUAAUCCAAACUGUGAGACACAGAAGUGGACCGUAAAUGGAGAUGUUCGAGUUGGACUGUUUGCUCUUUGUGACAUCCCUGCAGGGAUGGAGUUAACAUUUAACUAUAACUUGGAUUGUCUGGGCAAUGGCAGGACAGUGUGCCACUGUGGCGCAGAUAACUGCAGUGGAUUUCUGGGAGUGCGGCCAAAGUCUGCAUGCACAUCAGCAGUUGACGAGAAGACGAAAAAUGCCAAGUUAAAGAAGAGACGGAAAGUCAAAGCGGAAGCGAAGCAAAUUCAUGAGGAUUAUUGUUUUCACUGUGGGGAUGGUGGAGAGCUGGUCAUGUGUGACAAAAAGGACUGCCCCAAAGCAUACCACCUCCUAUGCCUUAACCUGACUCAGCCACCCUACGGAAAGUGGGAGUGCCCAUGGCAUCGGUGUGACGAGUGUGGCAGUGCAGCCGUUUCCUUCUGUGAAUUCUGUCCACACUCAUUCUGUAAGGCUCAUGGGAAGGGGGCUCUGGUGCCCUCUGCACUAGAAGGUCGUCUCUGCUGCUCCAACCACGACCCCGAGUCUCCUGUGUCACCAGAACACUGGAGCAAGAUCAGGUGUAAAUGGGAAUCCCAAGAGUGUGGAGAAGAAGUGAAGGAAUGAAGGUGGAGUUCUCCCCAGCUGCUCUCAGUAGAAGAGGACAUAGAGGAUGCUCCUGCGCUUGCUGUCAGACUGCCUUCUGACAGGGAUGGGAGCCAGCUCACCUAGGCUAAAGCACUUGGUGGUGUCUGGCUUUUCUGUGUUGUCGUUUUGGGGAUAAUUUUGUGGACAGCAAAAUUCCCUUGGUCUUUUCUUGCCUUUUAUUGUGCUUCAGUGUCUUUGCAAUCAGCAAAAGAGGUGUCCUUGUUUUUAGAGUUGAAAGAGAGAAAGUUAAAAGAAAGUUCUGUCUAUAAGAUCACCGUAAAGCCUAAGGUGUAAUCCUGGGUUGUGUAAAGUGAAAGUAGUCAUUCCUCUAUUUAUUUUCAUGUUUAGGAAUUCUGAGAAGUGUAGUUCAAACAAUCUAACCUCCAUGAGUGUUCAUGCACAUUUGUGUGUGUGUGUGUGUGUGUGUUGAGUACAUGUGUGCAAGCGUGCGUGACUACCUUUAUAUACCUCUUUACUGAGCCGUAGAUUGGCUAACUUCUCUUUCCUUUUUCACAUGCCUUUUCUCGUGUCAGAGAAGGCUCUCAGCAAGUAUUCAGACUGGCCUCUUGGAGACAAACUCCUUGACAGAGUUUACCUCUGUGGUCUUAAACUGGGUGGGCUUCAUGGUGCACAAACUCUACCUAGAAAUAUCUUGUAGGGAAAAGGAAUGAGUGCAUUCACUCAUUGUAAUUUUCUGAAACAUUUGAGGGACGUGAAUGCAUAGGAGAAUGCUCAUGCCUGCUGUCCUGACCACUGGCAAGGGGCUAAAGAAAGAUUAAGGCACAGACCAAAAGUUGGAUCAUAUAUGCACCAUUUUCUGACCAAUUUAAUGUAGACUCCAGUCUAACCUGGAAUUCAAGGGCAUUUUAUUUUCUGUCUUUCCCUCUGCCAAUCAUGCUUCCUUUGCCAGCUGGAUCACUCAGUCAUGUUUCCUGGUAAGGCUAUGUAAUUGAAUCUGAAUUAUAUUUUAAUAGACUUUUUCAGUUGAUUUCCUAACUUUGGGAUGGUGCAAGUGGGCAGAAACAUCCCUAAGUUCUAUGUGAACAGUUUCUACUUAGUAUUAUGCAAUACUUAAGACUGUCCCCAUUGUAUAAGGGGAAGAACUUGCUCUUUCACAGGGUAUGUAGGAGCCACAGAGAUGCUCCACGGUAGAAAGCACUUGAAAAUGCUCCCCACAAAGUCAGUGUUUGCAAACAUGGCUGUGACAUUUGAAUAGUACAGACCCACGCAUACCAAGGUGUCUGCUCACAGAAUUCACUUGCAUCUAGCACUUAGGAAUAGAUUUAUUCCAGUAUUACUUGUAUGAAAUCAUGUUAGACUUGGUAACAUUAGACUAAAUAAAAGUCUAAUGACUUUUCUCAGUGAGUUUCACCUGCUUACUGGAGGUGCCCAGUAGGAUUUAUCCUUCUCAAGAAUCUUAGUACUUUACUAACAUAGGGUGUGAGAUGCUCUGGGACACCCUGUAGUUGUGUUAGGUGUGUUUGUUCCUUUUUUAAUUUUUUACAAAUCAAUUCAGACCUCUUCUCUGGACAAAAGAAAGAGCAAUUUUUGUGCCUCUUUUUUAAAUAUAUAUAAAUGUGCAAUUUAUAGACCACAGACACUACAGUUUCUCUCUGAGCUCCUGAACUGCCAUUUACCCACUGUAGCACUUCUGGUAAUUCUUCUGCUGGUUGGACAAGCUCCCACGAGGGGGGAGACAGGAUGGUACCCAGCAUCCAGCGCAGUCACUGCGACUGAUGGGAAGCACAGCCCACGCAAACACUAAACUUUGCUCUUGAGCAAUUAUGAAGUUUGAUGUCCUUUAAAAAAAAAAUAAUGUAAGAGUAUCUGGGUUUUAUCAUAUUAAAUUUUAUUUUAUACAGACAUGAUAACAUUUUUUAAACUUGUUGAUAAGUGACUUCCUUUGCUAUUCCAAAUGUAGCCCUUACGAGAACAGUGUCCGAUAUGAGAUUGUAUCUUCUUUCCUUUUGACCUCAUGCUUCUUAGUAUCUGACAACUUUUAUAGAGUAAGCUCCAGGGUGCAUCUCGGAUUUAUAAAUUCCUCACCCUGAUCUAUCUCUAUUCUGCUUCUCUGGUAUGGCUUAUGUUUUCUGUCUGUAAAAGGACUUUUUGCACUUUUCUCACUAGAUGACUCAGCUUGGUCUCGAAGCUUUCGUGCUCCACAUUUGCCUUUGCUGUGCCAGUGCAGGGGCAUUGUCCUGUGCCACUGGGGCCUGUGUCUUAGAACUGAGGGCUAAGGAAACAGAAAGUUGGUUGCCUGUGUGUGUAUAAGUACACACGGCAUCCCUUUGUGUCCUCUCUCAGUGACAUUCCAAAAGGCACUGCUCACCCAGAGUCUGAAGCUGCUAGUUGCUAGCUUUUAAACAUGACUUUGGUAUACAGUAUUUGUGGCUGAUUUUAUUCAGCCCAGAAUAAAGGACUUAAAGCAGCAUGGGAUAUUAGUGGUAUUUCCUAACCUCAGGAGGAAGAUGAGAGUUCUGAAUAUCAGCGUAAAGCUUUAGAAAUUUGGCUGAAAAGAGCUAGAGAUGAUAGGCCGAGGUCACCACAGGCUCUGGGCCUUGGGGGCCUCCCUGGGCUGCCAGAGUAGCUGCCUCUGCCUGGCCUCGCAGGACGGGGCCAAUUCUCGUCACUGCCCGUGUGCUGCAACAGCCACUGAUUUCAAUCUUGAGUCAGGUGGGGAUCAGAGUGGAGUAGGUUUUAUCUUCACUUUUGCUUUGCAAGCCCUACCUGCUCUAUUUUAAUUCUCAAAAAAUUACCUUUCCUAAGCUGUAGAAUAGACUGAGUUUUCUGUGUGUUAUAUAAAUAACAUUAUAUAUAUAACAUUUUAUAUAUAUAUAUGUGUGUGUGUGUGUGUGUGUGUGUGUGUGUGUGUGUGUGUGUGUGUGUGUGUAUGAGUUAGGAAGUAUUUGAAACUAAAGAGAUAAUAAGGUCCCUGCAGCCCGCUGCUUUCUCUCAAAUGUCUCCUACUGCAGUGUUUGCAGAAGUGUUGAAGCGAUAUGGAUCUGAGACACUGAGGGUCUGUCUGCUCGUGGGAAAUACUCGGCUGGACUGCUAGGCAGCUUUUAUGCGGUAGUUUCUUUUUUGAGUACUUCUUACAGGAUAUGUUCUGUUAGGGUCAAAGGCAGACUACACUUUGCAGUUCUACAAGGAGCUGCUGCUGAUCUUGCCAAGACAACACCCCUCUUGAGUUCCUUCCCCGCAGAGCUGAGACACCGCCAGCCCCGUGCCUUUGUCUCUUGUAGAUUGUAUAUUUCUCAUGAGAUGGCAAGGCACUGCUUUAUUUCUAGACUUGAGUUGCUUUUCACAUGGCUGCUGCAUCUGACCACUCCUCUGCUUAUUUUUAACAGAAUGGUUGGUUACGAAAAGGUUUGGUCCAUCUUCAUAUGGACAAAGGAAUAAAUGUAGACAGCUUCACAAUGGACUAGCAAAUACUGGACAUUUGUAUGAGUUGAAAGAUCCCCAGUUUUUACCUUGGCAGGGUCCUGGGAGUCUGGGAGCAAGGGAGGGAAAGGCACAGUGUAGUUCCCGUAACACUGAGACCCUGCCCCGGUGAAUUCAGGUUUUAUAGUUUUAAAAUUAUAAAAUGGAAGCAUCUCUUUGUAUACUGUCAGAUAUGAAGUCCUCCCGGUGGGAGCAUGGGCGUCUCAGAUUUGCUGGACCUUUGAGGAAGGGGCUCUUGCAUGAGAUAGCAGCAGCAGGGUUAGAAAUUAUUUCCCUAUGUUUCUGUUUUGCCUUUUUUCCCUUUGUUUGCCUCAUUCCCAAGAACUUCUGCUCUGCUCUCUGUUUAUCAAAUGCUGUGUGUGGGGAGGAGGCUGCACUUACGUUCUGCUCCUAAAAUGCUAUGUAUAGCCUUUGUUGCAAAAACCCAUUUCCACUGGGCAUGGUUGCACAUGCCUUUAAUCCUAGCACUCCAGAAGCAGAGGCAGGCAGAUCUCUGUGAGUUCAAGGCCUACAUAAUGAGUUCCCAGCCAGCCAGGGCUAUGUAGAGAGACUCUGGCUCAAAAGGGGAAAAAUAAAUUGUUUGGCUUUUGUCAGUCCAUUGCAAAAGUGGCAAAUGUGAGCACUUGUACCUGUGUUUGGGGGAGGGGGGAGAACAAUAUUGCUUGUCCUUCAGUAGGCGCUGAAAGUCAUAACAUGUACGUCAAAGGGAAAAUAGCAGUUGCCAAAGUCAGUAUUGGGUCCUUGGUUUUCUUGUGACUUCACUGCGUCUGCUAAGGGAAGAGGAGCUUCCUUGCCUGCUGGCUCAUCCUCGCGGCGUGCAAAUGGCUCUCCAGGAUCUGCCAGUGCAAAUGGCUUUCCAGGAUCUGCCAGUUUGCCUCGACAGGGGAUUCUUGUCAGUUAAAAGGAAUGAGGAAAAUUACACUUUUGUUGUCAAUUAACAUCUCAUUUUUUGUACCCUAUGGUAACUAACUGUAUUGCCACUAAUAACAAGAUGCUAACUGAUAACAUCUGGCUAAAAUGACGUUUUUAUAUACAAAGAUUUGUGUAUUUUCAGCUGAUAUGUCAAAUUCAUUUGUGUCCAUUUGAAUAUUACACAAUAAACACAUACCUGCAGAUUCCAUCUU